AUCUCUCUCUCUCUGUAGUUUGAAACUAAUUGCUUGUGUACUGCCAAAAGAGAAGAAAAAUGGGAGCUCUUGACUAUCUGUCUAACUUUUGCACUGUUACAAGCACAAGAAGCAGAAGCAAACGCAAGCCAAUGCAGACAGUGGAUAUCAAGGUGAAAAUGGACUGUGAUGGCUGUGAAAGGAGAGUUAAACAUGCUGUUUCCUCCAUGAAAGGAGUGAAAUCAGUGGAUCUAAGCAGGAAACAGAGCAGGGUGACGGUUUCAGGCUAUGUAGAUCCAAAUAAAGUCUUGAAGAGGAUUAAAAGCACAGGAAAGAAAGCAGAAUUCUGGCCUUAUGUUCCUUACAACUUGGUAUCUUACCCAUAUGUUUCUCAGGCCUAUGACAAGAAAGCUCCGGCCGGAUUUGUCCGGAAUGUAGUUCAGGCACUCCCUAGCCCAAAUGCACCAGACGAGAAGCUCACAACCCUCUUCAGUGAUGAUAACCCAAAUGCAUGCUCUAUAAUGUAAUUUUAGUCUCUGAAGGAUUUGAAUGGUGUAAUGAAAGUUAACUAUUAUCAUAAGUUGAUACCAGUUUAUAUAUAUAUUUAUGUAAUUAAAGAAAACUUUGUUUCUUUU